AUGGACGGAUUUGCAAACUCAAAUUACGCCCGUGACCCGGAGAGGUCAUCUCGGCGUUCUCUCUCGCACUACCCCCGAGCCCCCUCGAGAUCGUCGACGAGCACUUCCAGCACCAGGAUGACGCCCCAUAGCGCAAAUAGCUCUUCCUCCCGGCUCGCCACCGAACCCCCUCCUCGGCCCGCCUCCGCUGCCCACCCUUCACAUCGAUACCAUCACAACGCCAGCGUCAAACCGCCCAUAACGCCGCGUCCACAGUCGGUAGUCCCUCGGAUGACGCAAGAACCCCAAGGCCAGAGCCAGAGCCAGAGCGCAGUCUCGAGCUUCUUACAGGAGCGUCUGCAGAAAACCAGAGAAGAAGCCGAGAGGAAUGCCAUCGCGCGGUUGAGACAGGAUAUGGCCGCUUCUAUGGAAGAACGCUCGCGCACCGCCCAGACCUCGCCCGCCCAACCAGGCUCCUCCUCCGACGGCCGUGCAUCCACAUUAGGCUCGAGCACAACCGCCGCAGAGCCUCCCAAGAAGAAGGGGAUGGGCGUCAAGGAGAUGGAAGCCACGGUUUCUACGCUUCACAAGCAGAAUUUCGACCUCAAACUCGAGCUUUUCCACCGCCGCGAACGCCAAAACGCCCUCGAGGAACGCGUCGAAUCUCUCGAAGCCAACAAGCGACAGAUGGAGGAUGUCAACGAUAGGCUUCUGGAAGAGUUGGAGAAACGGGACAAGGCGGUCCAGGAAGCAGUGCAAAUGAUCAUCCUGCUCGAGGCUCAGGUGGAGCAACUCCUCAAAGAACGGGAAAUGGUGAGACAGGUUGAGGCGGCGGGCUACAUCCACUUGGAAGGGCUCGACCCAACUCCCGGCGCGCCGACAUCCGCCGAGAACCCGGGUGAUCUACUCCGGCUGCGGGAGGAACUCAAGGCUGUGAACCGGAUGCCCAGUUUCCUUUCCGACAAUACCGAAAACACGGCCAAUCUACGGCAUGUGCUCCUGGGCACCCAGGCAGGCCUGCUCAGCUCGCCUAAGAUGCUUGCCGACGGUGUUGGUGUUUCGGAUAUCGAGAUGGCCCGGUAUUCAGGGGCGAUGAGCCCGAGCCUCAGCGUCCUCAGCGAGAGCUCGUUCGUCAGCAUCUACGGCGACAAGGGAAGCCGGGAUAAGCCCCGGUCACCCCUGGACGAGCCUUUACCCAUCGACGGCAACAACAACAUUCAUUUCAGCCCAGAUGACCGGGGAAGCACCCCGCGGCCCAGUGCGGCCACCCCACAUCGCGGACCAAGCUCGGGCUCCGCGAGCCGAACAAGCAGCGGUGGCCGGUUCCAGUCCAUCAACGACGUUAUCGAGCGCUCUCCCCUGCAACGGAUCGAACGGCUUGACCGAUCUCUGCAGGGCGAGCCGACCAGUACCAGUCCUUCCAAACAGCAGCGAGUUUCGCAGUCCCAGACCAAGUCGAAGAUGGAGAAGCGUGAGGCUCUACGGAGAGUGCACACCGAUACGCCGCCGAGCGGCCACCGUCAGUCCGACCAGGGCCUACCUCCGACACCCGACACCAUCUCGACGUCUACCCUGAGGCGUUUCGAGACGUCGAACUCGACCGACACGCUCGCACAGUCGGGUACGUUUGGCGAGCGGAGCAAUGGCAGCAUCUCCGAUAGCCGACCGCCGACGGACAGCGUGGGUAGAAAGCACGAAGUGCAGACGCCGGAAGAUAAUGACGGCGUUUCCGUUUCUCGUCCUCAGCCAAAGGUCAUCGCUCCUACCAAAAGAAGAAGCUUUGUGGGCGGCAGUUACUUCGACGACCGGAUGCUGCGGUCCCAUGCACGACCUCGGUCGGCCGACGAGACGACGGCGUCUUUCGGUGGGAAGGGGAAUGCGUGGGACUCGGACUCGGACUCGGACGACGACCAUGACGACGACGAUGAUGGCGCGUCAAUCCAGUCCCUCGAAUCGAGCUUGGAUAUCUGGCUCCAGCAAGGAAAAGAGACGAAGCGACGCGGCGGCCGAGGGUCGCCGGAUCUCUUCGGAUUCCCGGCGAGUGCGGCGGGCUGGAAAACCCGUGCUAUGGUCGGUCCCGGCCCAUCGUCAUCCGAGGGGCCGGGGACUGACGGGGCUCCUCUGGUCUGGCCUGAUCCCUUGGAAGACCUGGUGCCCAUCCAGCAAGCGCUCUUUGGUCCAGGAGUGGCGCCUCCGCCUCCUAACAGGAGAUCGAGUUUGCACGCGCGAACGGGAUCUGCGAGCGCAGCAGCAACGACAACUAAACAAGGACAAGCCGAGAAUGCCGAGAAUGCGGGUGCAACUGGAAAUGCAGAUGCAAAUGCCAGUGCAAGUGCGAAUUCGAAUACGAAUACGAAUACGAACAGUAAGCUACGAAACUCGUUCAUACGAGCGGUGCGGCGCAACAGCGACGAUGGCCGGAACAGGCCGGCGCGUCUCUCAUUGCCGCAGCAGAAGACGACGACGACGGCUACUGCGACGACAGAUGCAAAGCAGGGAAACAAUCGCGCAUACCCGCCUCUGUCGCGACCUACAACGUCGACGUCGACGCCCCGCACCAGCCGCAGGAUCAACAGUCUCUGGCGUCGCUCCCUCGGCGGUACAGGCUCCGCGCCGUCACCUACCCAGCCCAGCCCGGCGACCGAAAAAGUGGCCGCCGCUGACCCGCCGACGACGACGACGACGGUAGACGAGGCAGACGACGGCCACGGCCACGUAACGUGCGGCACGCCGUCGUGGAUCCACCGCAGCAAGGUGAUGAUGGACGACGAUACCCGCGCGCUGGGCGCCACGCCGCCGCCGAUUCAGCGGCAGCCGCAGCCGCAACGGCGGAGGGGGAGCAGCGUGGUGGAAUCGGAAGGCGCACCCGUGGUUGAUGGCGGGUCGUCGUUGCAAAUGCAAAUGCCGUUGCCGACGACGCCCGUGACGCCUGUGGCGAUGGCGCCUAACACGCCGGGGAAGAAUCAGGGAUCUUGGGGCGGAGACGCGACGCCGACGGCUGGUGUCGUUGAAGGGGCGAUGGAAGGGGGGGCGAGUUUGCAUGGCGGAGGGAGGGACCACAACGGUUCCCGGCGGAAGUGGAUUCCGGGGUUUGGACGGGCGAGCGGGCUUCGGAACCGCAUGGGAUAG